AUGAUGCCGACUUUGCUGGCUAGCGCAGUGCUCGCCGCGUUCGCUGUGAUUGCUCUCAACUCUACGAGUGCCAGUUAUCAUAGCAGGGUCAACCCUCUCUCGGCUGGACCCUUUGGCGUCCUAGCCUACGGAUUGUUCAGCAUGUUGGUUUCUCUUCCGGCUACCAUCAAAACAUAUCGGUCAAUCACGACGCCACACAAACUUCCAUACUUCCGCCCCGUCUAUUCUCUCCUACUUACACCAACAGAACGACGGAAGCCGUGGAUCUUGUACUUGACUCCCGGACUUCUUCUGUCCCAAAUCCUACAUGUCGUUUGCACCGCUUUCAUCCUGCGCGCUCUCAGAUCCUUCUUGGUACCCCUUCCCUCGCCAGGUGACGUUUCGGAUGUCCAUUUCAGUUCUAUCAAAUUUGGCAUCCAUGUGGAUAUUGAAAUAUAG